GUGUCCUGAAGGACAGGUGGUAAUGAAAAGCUGCAACGCCACAACAGAUAUGAAAUGCGGAUCACCAUUUCCAGAAACUUCAGAUUCCUCAUUUCCAAGCAUUUACAUCGGGAUUGGUGUUUCAAUUGGAGUGGUUUUCUUGGCAAUUGUCAUCAUUGGUUGUUUAGUUUACUGCCUGUAUAAAAGGAGAAAAUCCAAAGGAAUGAAAGAAUCCAGAGACAACUUGAUAUCUGAUAAUGAGAAUAAAAACUCUAAAACUGAAGCCUCUGCUCCUCCUCAGGACAGACUGCCUGAAACUGCGGAGGGAGAGGAUUUGGAGAUGAGGGAACAAGACUCUUUCCUUCCAAAUAGGCCAUCUGUGUCAUCAUCACUUGAGGCUGCUUGUUCAAAUGGGCAGUCCAGUGGAGGGAAUAAUGUACAGAGCUCUAACAAUCCUGCAGUAAGGUUUAAUACUUCCUGUAUGGAAAAAUUGGAGAAGACUUAUUUUCAAACAAGGAACAUAGUGUUACCAGAUGAUUGGCAAAGACUUAUGAGGAAAUGUGGCUUAUCAGAUGUUGACCUAGAGAACAUAAAACAUGAUAAUCCUCAACAUUCUAAUGAACGGCAUUAUCAGAUGUUAAGAACUUUGCGAGACAGGAAGGGAGUUGUUCCUGCUUUUAAUAAAAUACUUGACAGCCUGAAAGAAAUGCAUCUUAAUGGUAUUUAUGAAAAUAUAAUGAAUGAACUAAUAAGUGAAGAUUUAAUAAUAAAUGCGACUGAAGACUAAUUUAGCUUUUAUUUCUUUAUUUUUGACUAUGCAAAAACCGGACAGAGAAGAGUCUUCUCUGAAAAGGGACUUUUUAUGCAUCAAUUUACUUUAGUGCAUUUUCCCUUGGCUGAAGAUGUGUAAACUGACAACACAGUUGUUGAACUUUUGGGAAAUAAAAUGCUGCAUAUCUGAGUGGGUAAAUUUUGCAACAUUCAAACUUUACAAUGGAUAAUACAACAACCAAUAAGAGCUUGGUCAGUGUUUGGAAAUUACAGGUUUUUAUGUGAUUCUGUACUGUCCUCUAUAAAAAUGCUAUUGUGACCAAAAUUCAGUAUUCAAUAUUACGUGAACUGCUAACAUACAGCAGGCUGAAGCUGGAUACAGUAGUUUUCUAUGGAAUCACAAUCGUCUAACCUGUUGGGUAAGUGGAAUUUGACUGUGUAAAACUAUGUAAAAAAAUCAGGCAGGAACUGUGUUCGCAUUUGCUACUAUAGUAUGAAAUGACUGAUUGAUUGGAAUACUUCAUUUGUGAUCUUAAAUACAAAGAGUGUGCUGCAUCAUACUCUGCAACUUUUUGUACAUAUUUUCUAAUAAAAAAUUACUUCUGA